GCAGAGAUAGUGACAGUAGAUUUCGAAAAAUCUAUUUUGUUUUUGGUUUUAUAGGAAAAAUUUGUAGGAUCCAUCUUCAUCUUUCUCUAUCAGCUCAGAUUUGUAUAGAUUUAUGGCUGUGGCUACAACGAGGAGGCAUAAUCUACCGACGUCGGAUUCCGGUGCGUUCACCGACUGGGCGGCGACGACGACGACACCUUCCCGUACCACCGAGGAUCUAUCUCUUGGUUUCAAUGCUGGUCCCUCCGUCAUCCACGGUGGUAUAGGCUCAGCUCCCGUCGCCGCCGGCGUUCCAUCAUGGCAUCCUGGAUCUUCUGUCCGUUACGGCCUACCUUCGUCGGCGGCGGCGACGGAGAUGGGCAUGGUGGGUCUACGAGACGUCUUCCUUGUUGCUCCGGCGUAUCACCACCAGAACGCCGGAGUUGUAUCUGGAUCCGAUCAUAUGAACAGUAAUGCAGCUGCGGCGGCGCUCGGUGUCGGUGUGAUUCCUCUACUCACGGCGGGUCCACCGCAGCAAAACGUGGAAGACUCCGACAUUAACUUCCUCGGAAACAACCGGAGAUGGCAGAACAACAACAACCACGAAACGCAGUAUCUUCACUUCAAGAGUACUAACCAGACAACGGUCGGAACGAGUUCGAACAACUCGGGGUCUGGCUCAGGCGCAUCGGGAACCGCCACGUGUCAAGACUGUGGAAAUCAGGCGAAGAAAGAGUGUAAGCAGAGGCGGUGCAGGACGUGCUGCAAGAGCCGUGGCUUUGAUUGUUCUACUCACGUGAAGAGCACGUGGGUCUCUGCCGCUCGGCGGAGAGAGAGGCAGGUCAUGCCUACCGGCGCCAAUCCAACGGCUGGCUCGUCUCUGUCGACCUCCUCCGGGACGAAGAAGCCGAGGAUCGUAGGGUCUCAACAAGCCACUUCUCAUACUUCAACUUCUAACACGCCUCCUCAUAGUUUCGAGACCAGCUCCAGCCGACAAGAUGGAGGAGGGUCAAGGGAAGCAUGGCCAGGGCAGGUUAGGGCUGCGGCGGUGUUCAAGUGUGUUAGAGUAACGGCAGUUGAGGACGGGGAUGACGAGUACGCGUACCAAGCGGUGGUGAAAAUCGGUGGCCAUGUCUUUAAAGGAUUCUUGUACGAUCAAGGGCUUGAACCUAAAGAAGGUUUUCCUAAUAUGUCGGAUUUGCAUUUAGGUGGUGCAGCCAAUAACCAUAACGGAGUUUCUGCCUCUGCGCCUAUUCUCGACCCGCCAAAUGUUGUUUAUGGUGGUGGCGGUGGCGGUUCAGGCGGUGGAUUUUACGGUUAAACCAAAUUCAAGAAAGUUUAUUGUUUGAAUGAAAGAUUUUCUCUGAU